GUUGCAUUUCAGAGAAACCUCGAGACUCUAGAAUGUUUUUCUUUGUGAUUCUUGUGUUGCUGUCCUGCACUGAGGCUGAAGGGCUCCAACAUGUGUUUCUCCUCCAUGGAAAGGACUUACAGCUGGAUAUAAAGAAAUCUGUUGUACUAGACAAAAAAACUGAUUUGUUCUGGAAAUUUAAUGAAACUAACAAUGUAGCUAAAUGUGGUUUUAAUAAUGAUCCAGUCGUGUUUGACAAAUAUGAAGGAAGGGCUGAGGUCUUUGGACAAAAUUACUCUUUGCUAUUAAAGAAUGUGCAACACAGUGACAGUGGAGAUUAUACUGCAGUCGUGUCUGGGGAAAAAGACCAAAAGGUAGCUGAAUACAAGGCCAUAAUCCAAGAUCCAGUGUCUCCAGUUAACCUGACAGUGGACUCUGUGUCCAGCAGUUCAGACUCCUGUAAUCUCAUUGUGACCUGCAGCACAGUGGAUUCUCAAAUCAGCAGCAUUUUCACAUGUGAUGCCCAAAACUGCUCUCUGGUAGAAAAGGGAAGCUUUAAAGCCAAAACCUAUACUUCCAAUCUCGUUGUCUAUUUGCAGCAAAGCUUCAUCAUCUGUAAUCACAGCAACCAAGUCAGCAUGGAACAGACUAAGAAGGACAUUAAACUUUAUUGCAAGGAAAAACCAGGUAUCUCCAUCUGUGUGGUGAAGACAGUUGUGUUCUCUGUUGGUCUGAUCAUCAUGGUAAUUGCUGUCAUCAGUGUCCACAUUAUGGAGAAGAUUAAGAAGCGAAAAUAAAGAAGAGGCUUUCCACUUACGCAGAUAACUUAUACGGUUUUAGAAAAUGUUGAGGUUAUAGAUACCAGUGGUCGAUAACUACACAGGUUAACACAUUUUGGGGUUUUGCAAACAUUAAAAAUUCUCAAAUAUCACACAAGCAAUCUGUAUUACUUUGUAAAUAAAAUGCUUGUUGCUCAUGUUAAUAAUAUUACAGAAGAUUUCAUCAUGAAAACAAAACUUUUGGUGGUCUGACCCCUGAACUGAAGAAAUUGUCAAAUUAGAUGAUAUAGGUUAAAAAUUUCCAUUUUACUUACUUUAUAACUUAGCUUCCUAAUGUGGCAACACAAGGGUAAUUAAAUACUUUUAAUGCUUUGCCCGUGACACUCACUAUUCCCGACAUUUUUUUGGGCAGCCAAAAGUUGUCAACAACACCACCUUGGGAAUGUCACCCAAGGAAAUGAGUAAAAGCAUCAGUAAGGUGAACUAAGAUGAGGUGAGAGAUGUGAUUCCACAAUUCAAAAGUUUAAGCUUAUUUUUAGGAAAGCGAAAAAAAAAAAACAUUUUUAAAACUACACAUCCAGCCACAAAGGAAAGGGGAGUUCAGGACUGAGGCUUACCAGCAGCUUAGAAUGGUCAACGUGAGGGGGGAGGGAUUCAACAAACAAAAAUAAAUGGAUCAACUCAGGCACUUGU